UUUGGCUACCGUACCCUAUUCGCUGUGGGACGGAGUGCUGAUCCGCAGAUCGAAGAAAAUGUCAGGGCCGAAUCUCGGAUACAUGGUGACAUUAUCCAAGCGGAUUUUAUGGAUGCGUAUCGGAAUAUGACGAUUAAAUACCUCGCCUGGAUGAGGUACGUCCGUGAUUAUUGCCCGGACGUGAAGAUGAUCGUCAAGAUGGAUGAUGACAUCCUCCCCAACAUCUUCUGGAUUUUUAUGGACCUCCAGCAAGCAGGGAAAAUCCAAACCAAGCGCAGCUUCACGUGCACAAAUUUUGCCGGGCCCGUUUAUAGGGAUAUCCACAGCCCAUGGUACGUCCCAAAAGAGGCUCAUCCAGGGGACAGCUGGGAGGACUACUGUAGUGGGCCGGCGCUGUUGCAGACAGCCGACCUUUGCGGCCCGCUAGUGCAUCAGGCCGAACAACACGAAUUUUACGUUUCGGUAGACGAUGCGUGGAUUACCGGCACGCUGACCAAGGAGAUCAAUGCUACGCACGAUUUCCAUACCUAUGGCUCAAACUUCCAAUGGGACGACAAGCAAACGGAAUUCCAGAUGUUGGCAAGGAGCCAUAUUUUUGGCGCCUACAAAACAACCACGCAGAUGAAGCGGAUUUUCACGCAGCUCGCAUAUUUGUAUGGGGCAGCUACAGAUCCGCCGGAUCAGCUGAAGGGCUUCUACAAGGGCGGGCCAAAGAAUAAGGAA